CUCACAGGUGUGCAAAGAGCCCGCAGUGCGAGUGCAAGCAUUGGUCUUACCUGAUAAAAGCCUGGAUAUCGAAUUGGAUUAAAAGCAGCCCCCACCCUCAUCUAAAAUUACCCAAAAAACCCCUCAACGGAUUAUAGUGCGUACUCUAAAUAAGUGCCCCGAGUGCCGCGUGAUAUAUAGUGACCACAACUGAACAAUCUGUGUGUGAAAAUGUGGAAAAGCUUAUGUUUGCUGCUCAUACUGACGGCCACCUGCAGCGCAGGACCCCUGACCGCCCAUCAGAAGAGAAAAGCACCGGCGUUCCGUGAGGAACCAGUUGAGGUGGAAAUGCCAGAACAGACUGAAACGGAGGACGAAUCAUCUCCGGCGGAACCAGCUUCCCUGGGAACCCUUACCCUGCCUAGCAAUGCCACCUCCAUCCGGUCGGACAUCACGGAUAACUUUUCGUGUGCCAACAAGACCUAUGGUUACUACGCGGAUGUGGAGAACGACUGCCAGAUCUUCCACGUGUGCUUGCCAGUUACCUACGCAGAUGGCCGGGAAAACACUUUCCGCUGGAGCUUCAUCUGCCCCGAGGAGACGAUCUUCAGUCAAGAAUCCUUCACCUGCAUGCGUCGCGAGGACAUGACCAUCGAGUGCCAGGAUAGCUCUAGGUACUAUGAACUCAAUGGCAACUUUGGAAGUGCUCCAGCUGAGGAGGAAAGUAAACCCACUCCCGUGGAGAGUGAGCAGCCGGAGGAGGAGGAGGAGGAGAUGGAAGCCAAGCCAGUUGAGGCAGAGCCAGAGGUUCCUGCAGAGCCCGAGGUUGUGCCAGUCAAGCCCAUGAAGCCAGUCAAAGUGCAGAAGCCCAAACCCAACCGGAGGAAGCCCCAACCCCACAGGAAGGUUUCAGUUCCAGUUCCAGUGACGGCUGCACCCGUGGUGGAAGCUGUUCCCGAACCAGUUGCCGUCAUCGAAACGGAGUCCAAGCCUGUGAAGCCACACCGAUUCUCCCUGAGACCCAACAAGGAGAGGCCCCAGGGAUUGAGACCAGCAAUUACUGCCCCACCAGUGCGUAACGAUAUCUUCAAUGGAAUCCGCAAACGUCCGGCUAUCUUCAAUAAACCAACUACCGUGAAACCCGUGGAGGAAGUUGUGGAAAGUGAACCAGCUGUCACAGAACCUGUGAUUCAACUUAGCGAGCCCCAACCUACACUGAAAUUGCAGACCUUGUUUGCGGAACCCGAGGUGAUUCCCGUUGAGAUUCAGGAACCAGAGGUCCAGGCCUCCGAGCCAGCUGUGACUUUUGUUCAACCAGAGCCUGUGGUUGAGGAAAUGGAACCCACAAAGGUUCAUAUGGAUACCAAGAUCGAGGAUGUCAAGCCCAUCGAAGCCAUCGAAGAGAUUCCUGCUGUCAUAGUGGAACGUCUAGAUGAAACCAUGCCUUUGGAAAACGAGAAGAUUCCUGAAGAGCAGGAGGAAACUAAAAUAAGUGAAGAGGUUAAACCAGAAGAGGUCAAAGCAGAAGAGGAGGUCAAACCAGAAGAAGAGGUCAAGCCAGAAGAAGAGAUAAAGCCAGAAGAAGUGAUUAAAUCAGAUGAAGAGAUCAAGCCAAAAGAAGAGAUCAAACCAGAAGAAGAGAUCAAAUCAGAAGUAGAGAUUAAACCUGAAGAAGAGAUAAAACCAGAAGAAGAGAUCAAACCAGAAGAUGAAAUCAAGCCAGAAGAAGAGAUCAAGCCAGAAGAACCCAUCAAGCAAGAGGAAGAAGUAAAGCCCCAGGAGGAAGUUCAAGCAGAAGAAGAGCCAGAGGUUCCAGCCAAGGUGGAGGAGAUCCAUGAAUCUAUGCCCGAAGAAAUUAAGUCGGAUCCAGCCAUAAUGGAAACCAGCAACUCACAGGAGGAACCCUUGAAUCUGGAAACCCUAGAAGCAGCGAAGCCUGCCGAUGCACCCGAGAGCAUGCCAGCCACUCCCGAAAUGGAGCAGCAUAGUCCUCUGGUGGAGGAGAUCCUGGAUAACAACCAUGAUGGAGAGGCUCAGGAAUCGCUGGGUGGCUUCAAGCCCGUGGAUCCUGUAAUGGCCGCCGAGGCAGAGCAACUGAUCACCGACUUCCUGAAUACCCUGAAGAAGAACGAAGAGAAACCAGAGACUGACAUGGCAGAGAGUUCUUCACCAGUCGAGAAUGCAGAUGUAUCCAUUGAGGAGGCCAAACUGCCAGAACCCGAAAUUGUGGACAAGAAUGCUUCCGUCGAGGAACAACUUUUGGAGGAAACUGAGGUUAAGAAGACCCAGAAGCCCCAGAUGAUGCAGGACUCUCCCAUCAUCAAUAUCAAGCAGGUGCAGCAUAUGCCCAUGGACUAUCAGAUUCCAGUUAAGGUGAUUCCCCUCCAUAUCCAGCCUGUUUCUGCUAUAUAUGAGAAUUCAGAGGAUGCCAAGGGAAUUGCUCCCGAGGAGGUUAAAGAAGCUGCUCCCGAGGAGAUCAAGGAAAGUGCUUCCGAAGAAGUCAAGGAGGAAACUAACGAGACUAUCCAGGAAUCUUUUGCCCAAGAAACUUCUCCUGAGGAGAUGAAAGAAAGUAUUCCCGAGGAAGUCAAGGAGACCGCUCCGGAGGAACUCAAAGAGACUGUUCCACAGAUGGUCCAAGACUCCGAGGCUGAAGUGGUAUCCAAUCCCGAGGAGACUCCUUCCCAGGACGAUGCUCAGGAUCAAGGAAGUCUAGUCACUGCCUCCUACAUGCCCUCGAUCAGCAUCGAUGACAUCGUGGAGCUAGUUAAAGAGCGCCUAGAUCAGACGCCCAAGAAGGAUCAGAUGGCUCCCAUGGAGCUGAUACUUACCCCAGGAGCGGCGGCGCCCAUGACCCUGGUUCAGAGCAAUCCAGAGCAGCAGGAGCCGCAGGAGGCCCAGUCAACGGAGGAGAAGGAUUCGACUGUCGAGCAGGAGGAGGAGCCCAUCCUGCCCAUCUACAAGCGCAUCUCCGCCGCCGAACCCGCCAUGUCCAAGGUGCAAACACUGCCUGUAACUGUGAGCAAGGUGGAAACGGAAACGGAAACGCUUCCGGAAACUGAAACCCAACCGGAAGUCCGGAAACUCAAGAUGGAUGCCCGCAAGCGUCGUUUCCUUUUCCGCGCCGAUGCCAGCUAGAGAGGAUUAGAGAAAAAGAGAGAGCAUACUGAUGGACAGAUAGCAAUCCUGGCAAGGAUUAUCCUCCCACUUAGCCCGAACCGGAACCCCGUUCACCUCCUAGUUCCCAAUACGCUAUCCCACUCAUUUGCACCUAGGCAAGUUUUAUUUAAUAAUUUUUUGAUUUCCUAGUUUUAUGGCCAUUUUUCCAAGGAUAAACGCGCACGAGAGUUGAAGUUUAAGCUUAGAAUUGUUGUUCCGACGAGUUAAAGAAACAAAUUACAAAAACAAAA